GGAGCCAGUCACGCCCGACCGGGUGUCGGGCGGGGCCCCGUUACCAACCCGCCACCUUCCACCUCCCCUCCCUUCAGCCGUACACUCCCGCCUCCCAAAUUUCCUCGAAAAUUUUUCCCGCGCGGCCGCACCAAAAAUUCCCCUUCCACUCCGCCCCGCACCGCCCCCUAGCACGGCGGCGCCCCCCGUCCACCGCCAGCCGCGCGUGCCCGCCGCCCGCUUCUCGUGCUUCUCCCCGCCGUGGCAGAUCCGGCCCUGCGCUUUAGCGCCAUUCCGUCGAACACCUCGAGCGCGUCGGAGGCUGGAGGAGGAUGUACGGGCGGCGCGCGUCGCAGCUGCUGAAGGAGGUCGACUCCUGCGAGGCCGGACAGCUCGUGCCGUUCAACAGCGAUGUGUUUGAUCAGGUUAUUAGAGAGUGCAAUGAACACAAUACACAGUUUCAGUCAUUGAUAAGGAAAAUGGUGGAGCAGAACUUAGACAUUGAAACAACCAGAAAUGACGACCACUAUGGGGCAGCCGUCCAUCAUCUUUCGCUGCUUCGUAACAAAAGAUGUCUCAUGGCUUACAUGUAUAACCGAGCAGAGGUUAUUCAGAGCUUUAGAUGGAAAAUCGGCCCAGUGCUUCCUCAUGAAAUACAAGAAAAGCUCCAUUUUUCUGAGAAAGAGUACUUCAAGAACCACUCAGCAGCCAUUAAAUCAUAUAUGUCAGAGAUGGAUAUAGAUUUAACAGUGGACAUGGUGCCUCCCAAGGAUCCCUACAUCCAGGUUCGGGUGCUUGAGGACAUUGGUGAAGUAUCUCUUGGUGACCAUUCCAUAUCAUUGACAAAGAACUCACUUCAUUUCCUAAGGCGCACUGAUACUGAACAAUUUAUAUCACAGGGUCUUAUGGAAGAGUUUCUGGAGUAGAGAUCACAUAUGGUGUACAAUAGAUUGUAACUGAGGAUAUGACUCUACUACAGCAUUUAUUCGUCAUUGCUAUCCAAUGGAUUAAACACUACUGAAAUUCUGACAGAGCCUAUGUGAAAAUCAAAGAACAUAUGCUGUCUCAGCUGUGAAGGUAUGAUGCAACAUAUAUGAGGGGAUUGUGUACCGGGGUGCUCCUAACUUAUCCAUUUCAGUGAUGUCUAGCUUUAGAUGAAUGAAUUUAAGUUUGUUCUACACUGUGACCAUUCUUUGCAUGUUGUAUUAUUUGGUGAUAAAAUCGAAACUUCGUACACUGUACAAAAAUCUUCCUAAAUUUACUGGAGUAGGAAGGUAACAAGCUCUGUUUUAGUGUUUACUGGUGAUGAAGACCUGGAGAAGCCUCAUGCGUUCUGAUAAA